AUGCCUUCCACUACAGCAGUACACGAGUCGAGCAGAAUCUGUUUCAAUGAGGCGAAAAGAGUGGCCGGUCCCUCAAAUGGGUCCAACGAGUCUCCCUCAACGCAACUAGACCCCAAGCACUCCGUACCCGACAUAAUCAUGAAUAUCAAAACCAAACUGUCGAAUACCCGUCUUGGCCUCCAGUCUAAUCGAAUUGUUUGUGACGAUCCUAUCGCCGGCAAGAUAGAAGUGCUGGCGUCCUGGUGCCAGCCACCCUUAGAUGACCAAGACGACCUCGCGCAACUCGAUAAUAAAUAUGCCUCGCCUUUACGCAACCACCCAAGGCCGCUCUACCGAGGCGAACAUAGAUCACCCUGGACGGUGUAUCUCGAUGCCUACUCUGUUCGCCAGGAGAGGCACAAAAGGCUUUAUCCCAACGGCCCUCCCUUUCCCCCUAUACCAAUCAGAACUGCGGUCAAUUCGACCGACUCCGACUACGCACGUGGCCAGACUCAAGCUAGCCACACAUCUGAUCUCCUCUCACAUACUCCUCGCGAUCUCGCACUCUUUGGUGUUCCUCAAGACCCUAUCACACACAAAUUCGACACGAGCGCUUUCGAGCUGCUGACUGCGAGAUUCAAGCCGGUCUUACGCACGAAUAUCCUGCAAGAAAGAUACAAAGGACAACGCGAUAGAGUAGGCAAAGGGGAAGAGUAUGUGUUCUCCCACUUCGAGCCUGUGGAAGAUGGCGCAAAGAAGAGGAAAAGAGGAAACCCGAAGACUGGCGCAUAUACGUACACGACAAAGAGAGCUCUCCUAAAUGACGACGCUGUCUUCCAAACGCGCAAUACGAGCGUUGGCGUACGUCGCUCCACACGCUUACAGGCAGCCCAGAUAACAUCUUCUUCUGCAGAGUCUGUACUCUCUUCCUAUUUGCUUGAAACAGGGACUCCGCCGCGUAUACAGCCAGUAGCGCAUAUCACAUCCAGUCCGACGUCAGAGCCACGCCUCAAGACAACGCCAACAGUGGACAAAGCAGUUCUACCUGCUGAGCUGCGUGACCCAUCACCCAUCUCCAAUGCCCCGGAGAAGCAUGGUAUGCAGCAGCUUCCUUCCCGCCGCUCUUCACGUCUCCAGAACCUACACUCCCAUCCCGCCCCUCUCUCCCGUCUUCCCCUAAAGCCCACACACUCUAAGCCAACAAGGAACGGAGGCCCAGCAACUGGCUCAUGCACACUCUCCUCUCGCCGCGUGACAGGCCGUCGAAAACCCCGAAAAACUGCUGAUCCACCUCGAUUCCCGAAUCUCGUCCCCCCUCUAACGCACGUGACGCCACCAGCCGCGACGAACAAAUUCGUUGCCUAUAAUCCGAUUGCACCUCCUGCCACGCCAACACAUAUUGAUAUAAAGCCUCAGUAUAAUUCAGAUCGCAAUCGAAGCUGUUGAGCCCGUGGCUCUUCACGAGGACACGAAUUCGUCUUAGACUUAGCAGAUCGAUCAAGGAAAUAUUGAAACCAUCAUGACUGAGAAAAUUUAUAUGCACACUACCUCCUCGGAUCAAUAUUUCCUGCUCUCAACUCGAAUCGACUACCUAAUGCCUCGUGGACGGUGUGUGGAUUUUUGGGUGUUAGUAUUCCACUGUCGAGGAGUCCCAGUGACGAGCUCUCUUUUUCUCAUCGCAGAAACAACAAGCACUCCGGUCACAUGGAGUGAAAAUCCCGAGAUAUGUGAAUAAGCAAACAAUGCAGAGCGAGUCAUGAAUGAGAGUCUUGGAGAGCACAGCAUUACUCGCGUGGAAGAUACCGCUAAGGCUUGAGGCCGAGCACCGAGGAGUCAGACGAUUGAACGCCAAUCAGCGCCACCACAUAAAGUAACCAUCCACAACG